UGCUGUGUAUCGUAUCUAUAGCGACCCAAUCAGCUUCUUUUACUUAAUUUGACACAUUUACAAGGUAAAUCAGCAUAACUAAAUGAUAAUAAUAAAAAAAUUUAGGAUCAAAUAUGAAUUAAUCAGGUUUUUUAGUGUGAGCGAAAAACGUGAAUGAUGUCUGAUUACGACUUCUCUGAAAAUGAUUACAAUUUUUUCACCUAUAUUGAAGUUGAAGAUUACCUGACCGACAUAUACGAGCUAAUGUCUUACUCGGAAUUGACCAACAUCAAUGCUUAUUCAUUCAAAUUUGAUACGCUAAGCGAAGCCAAAAAAGAAUCCUUCAUCCGAAAGUUGAUGGAUCAACUAGAAUCGACUGACGAAAAUAUAAGAUUGAGAGCGUCUCAGAGCAUCCUUUUCAUCGCUCUCGGAUGCGCUGAUUCCACGAACUUAUCAGAAAAAUUCAACAGGCACGCUGCGGAAAACACAAUACUCCUAGUCAGAUUAGGUGUGUUUCCACUCCUUGUAACUUUAUUGCAUAUGGAACGAAUAUCGACGAAAUACUAUGAAAAACUUGAAAUAGAAAAAGGAACUUUUACUGAUUCAACUCAGCUUAGGGUAAUCUUGAAUAUAUUGACCCUCAUUGUUGGACAAAUGCUUAUCGAGAAAAAAUCUAAGAGGCAUAAGAAAGAUGUUGAGAUUUUUAUUGAAGAUAAUUUAUGUUCAGAAGAUGAAGAUUCCCUUUUAUUCGUUUUGUUCAAUAUGAUGACGGAAUUUGCGUCAUCGGAAAAACCAGGAUACCCCAUCAAGAAAAUAUUACUGUUAAUUUUGAAAAUUUUAAUGGUGUCUUUCGGAGAUUUGAAAGAUUUGAGCUUGGAGAAACAGGCUAAAAGGAUAAGGUGUGGAUUGAACAAUGAUCAUUUCAAUGACACACAAACAUAUAGAUCUCCCUUAUUGCAUAAAGUCUCAAGAAAAGAUUUGGAAGACUACACUCAUAUAAUGUCACUGAAAUAUCGAGAAAUAAACGAAACUGUAGCAGCAGAAAGCAUAAAUUCCCUAAAAAAACAUCUCUACAUCCCACUUUCAGAAUUGCAAGUUGUUGAUAAAGCCUGUACACGAAAUGAAAAAAUCGAAACUUUUUAUGAAAACAUGUUGUCUAAAAUGAAAAUAUACGUACAAAGCUUGUUACAAAUAUUCCAGAGCUCUUUGAGAUCGCCAGUUUUCAACGAAUAUUCAGAUGGGAACGAAGAAACCACAAUAAAUUCCACUUAUGCACCCCUGAUGAUUAUCGGAAAAUUCCCCAUGUUUGAGCACAUGGAAAUAAUGAAUAAAGCCAUCAGUGGUAUAUUUUUACUGCUACUCAAACAUUUUAAACUCAAUCAUAUUUAUCAAUUCGAAUACCUUUGUCAGGAAAUGGUAUUAUGUAACGCUAUUUCAGUCUUUAAAACUUAUGUAGAAACAACAAGCGAUCUUUUCAGUAUAUUGAAGAAGACUAGAAACCAAAGGAACCUAUCGACAUGCGUCAACGUAUUGAGAAUCAUCAAUAAACUGAUCAAGGGAAAAUACUCAACAACAAAAUCUUUCAUGAAGGUCAAUUGCAAAAACCUGUAUUCACUUGCAACAUUAAAUGAUAAACAGUUGGAAGUGUACAGUUUGAAACUGCUCAAAAUUCUAUCGAAACCUCUGGGUAGGAAAUGGCGUCAAGACAAUAUUAAAAUAAUGAACAAAGUCUUCCAGACGGUGAGGCAUAGGUUGUUGGAAGAUUGGAAUUGUGGCUUCCAGACUAACAGCGAUGACGAAGAGAUGCUCAAGAAGCAAACUGAAUUCUUCAACGCUCGUUAUGCAGAAAAUGAUUUUGAGAAGGAGUUCGAGAAAGACUCAGAACCAUCUAUUGAAUUAUCCGAUUACUUCAAAAGAAAUUACGAAAAAUGGCUGGAAGUUGAAGUAUUUCGAAAUCCGUUCGAUUGGGAUAUUCUUUUGAAUACUUGAUGUGUAUUGGGCUUUAGUUGAAUAAAAUGUAUGCAAGACUC